AAGGAACCUCCGUCCCACAGCACAAGACUGCUCUACAUCAGUGCAGCUACAACUGUAGAAGAGAGAGCUUGUAGCCUGAAUCUCAACCAAUCCUUGGGAAGCAAUGGAGAAAGUAGACACAGAGACUUUAAGGGUGAAGCCCCACAAGAUGACUGUGGACCAGAAAAUGAAGGAUUUAUUCCAUCACUUUCCUAAGCCAGAUCAUUCCAAGCCUCAUAUCGUAACCUUAGAUAAGCCAUGGCUCUACAGGGUUUGGGAUAUCAACCAGAAGUUCCUGUUCCUGAAGAACAACAUGCUGGUAGCAGCCCCCAAAGAUGGCAACUCACCCGAUUACUUGGUGGCUAUAACCCCCAAUACAGCGAAUCAUGAAAACAAAUUCCCCAUCUUUUUGGGCACCCAAGAUGGAGCACAAACCCUCUCCUGUGGUGAAUCUGGUGGUCAACCUCAGCUGACCUUGGAGGGUAAAGCCAUUAUGGAUCUCUACAACGAUGGCAAGGAACACAAGAACUUCACUUUCUUUUGUAUAAUUGGCAGCAGCACAGAGACUGGCAGCUUUGAAUCUGCAGCAUUCCCAGGUUGGUUCCUAAGCACGUCACCUGAGCCAAACCAGCCUAUUCGUUUGAGUCGCCAAGGAGGUACUGAGAUCACUCAGUUUUAUUUUGAAAAAGUAAAAGGUGAUCAAGAAGAACGGGAGGAAAUGGGGGAGGCUGAAAUGAUGAAACCCCACAAAACCGUACAACAGGAAAUGAACGAUUUAUUCAAUCACUUUAAGAAGCUACCUCCAGGUACGGUUGUGAUCCACAAAUUACCAGGUCCCUGGUACUUCAAAAUUUGGGAUAUUAACCAGAAGUACCUCUUGUUAGUGGGUGACCGGCUGCUCUCAGCUCCCAGGAAUUCCAACUCACCAGAGGGGUUAAUUGCUGUGAUCCCAAAUCAAGCUAUUGGGAAAAAAGAUGACAGAACAUUUGCCAUCUUUAUGGGUAACGAAGAUGGGGAACGUACUUUGUCCUGUGUGGAAGUUGGUGGUCAACCUCAGAUAAAGUUAGCAGGAGAAAAAAUUAUGGAUCUAUAUAAUAAUAAAAAAGAGGAAUCCAAGAACUUCAGUUUCCUCUGCAAGACUGGCAGCGGCAAGGAGACGGGCAGCUUUGAAUCUGUAGCGUUCCCAGGAUGGUUUCUUAGCACUUCGCCAGAGCCAAACAAGCCUAUUGGUUUGAGCCAGCAAGGAGGUGCUGAGAUCACUGAAUUUUUCAUGGAAAAAACAAAUAAAGGGGCAUGAGGUGCUGUUGCCAUUCUAUAGACCCUGUAUAGGUGGUGUGGUAGAAUGAAGUCCCGCAGAGAUAUAAUUUUUCCAGGCUUAAGUUCAAUACCCCACAUUUCUAUGCUUGCUAUACAUUUUUUAAAUGUCCUACUGAAAAUUCAUUAGUAUUUUAAUGCAAUUUUCUCCUACUA